UUUUUAAUAAAUGGGGUAUAUACAGUGUAUGUCUUGAUAGACACCCUACAGUGUCUCCAAAUAACGUACUAAGCAUCUAUAAUAUAAACUGAAUGUAUCAUUUGGCUAUGUAAAGAAAUACAAAUUUUCUUAAUGAAAAGGAAUGAGAGGCACUACAUUAUGUUCAUUUCUGUAGAUGUACAUAUUAUUUAGUAAAGGAUAUUGCAAUUGAAUUUUAAAAGUUGUUAAACAUUAUUAAUCGAAAUUUGUCAAUAUCUGUCGCAAAAUUGCAAACCACACAGACGUAGUUAACCCUCGAUGUAUAAAUUUACACCAAUAAAAAAAACAAACCAAAAAACCAACGGAAUAAUUUUCGAUGGGGUAUAUAAUUUAAAGGAGGGAAAGAAAUAUCUUAAAAGGAAAAAACUAGGUCAAGUCGUCGAAUAACUGUGCCUGUAUUUGCCAAUGAUAACCACUUCACCAGUAUAUCAACUCGAUUUGCUAUGUAGUCUUACUUAAAUGUAGAUGAUUUGCGCUUUCUCCAUUUAUAAAAAUAAAAUGUGGAUCUUUAAAGCUAUUAGAAUGGUUUUCACCUCCCAGAACCCCACGAAUAGACCUUAUUUCACUAAUAUUAUUAAACUAUAUGUCAUUGUAAUUGUUCGGGCUCAUUAUUCAACAACUAUCUACUUUCAUUUUUGAUGAACAAAGGGCUAUGUGUGACUCAUACCUGUUUUGUCUACAGAUUUUAUUGUAUGUGAGUAUUUGUUGUUCAUAUUGUAUGUAACAUUUACAUGUAUAAGAUUUAGUAUGGAAUACAACCAAUCAUCAACGAUUAACCACGAACGCUCUCUUGUUUAUGAUAUACAUGUAAUUGUCUUAUACAUAUAGUAAGGCCUUUACUAUAGGGGGUGGGGUUUUCCCGGCCUUGGGUUCAUACUCAAUGUUGUAAUCGAUGUAUUAUUUCUAUUUGGAAAAAAAUGUCUGUGUAAGAAUGGAAUAAAAGAAAUAGGAAGGUAUUGCAUUAAAACUUUAAUGUUAAUCAUUUUAAUAAAAUCUUGAGAAACUUUAGAUACUUUUUUGCAUAGAGCAUUUAAACUAGAAAUGAGAUAUUACAUAACGGGAUGGAAUUCAGAUUUCCCUCGUACAUUUGUAUGUAGAUAAGCAAUGCUUAGCCAUAAUAACUUCUGAAGUCAUUGAUGUAAAACAGAUCCUUGAUAAGAUCUGAUGGCAAUCAAUGAUCAUUUGAAAUUCGUCGUCUGCAUAAAAUGAAAUUAAACCCAUUAAAAACAUUUCACUGAAAUCUGUACACAACUUAUUGGAAUAGUAUUAUUAUUGUAGUAUUAUUAUUAGUAUUAUUGUAAUAUUUUUAAAAGCUAUUACUUUUGAUAUAACCAGUACAUUUCUUAUCAUCGAUCAUAGCAUGGUAUUUUGUCUGUGUUUUCCUGUAAUGCAUAUUUGAUUUGUAUUACUGAAUGAUGAAUUACAGAGAAGAUGGCCCACCUCUUAUCUAUACUUACAAAAGCAUUAAAUCAGCCGCUAAAAUAUUAACUAUCCUAAACUAGUUCUAAAGAAACACACGGAAAAUGUAAUAUGAAAUAUUUUAUUUCGUCAGGAAACAAUUUAAUUUGAAAUCUCAAUUUAAAAAAAAAUCAAACAUUUAUGUAGUAUGGUUUAUGUUGGUAUUACAUAUUGUUUAACGUUCCUCUCGAGAAUUUUUCACCCAUAUGGAGACGUCACCAAUGCCGGUGAAGUGCUGCAUAUUUUAGACCUAUGCUCGGCGCUUACCUUUGAACAGGGAGAAAUAUUUAUCGUGCCACACCUGCUGUGACACGGGGCCUCGGUUUUUGCGGUCUUAUCCGAAGGACCGCCCCAUUUUGUCGCCUCUUACAAGCAAGGGGUACUGGGAACUUAUUCUAACCCAGAUCCCCACGGACUAUAUCGUUUAUGUAAAAGCACUUAAGAGUUUAAAGAAAUAAAUGUAUGAAGCAUCCAUAAUUUAGGUUUCAAUAUCGGAUGUGUCAGGUUAAAAUUACAGCAGAAUUUAAGAUAAAAUUAUUUUAGAAUCUGCAGUUGCGCCUCAGAAAAACUUAAACUUACAAGUGCUACAACAUGUAUAUCGAGAAAGUUAAGAGAAAACAUAGAAAAAAAUUAGGAAGUCACCCAAGUCAGUCUAUUAAAAAUAUGCUGGACACAUGGAGCCAGCAGCUUUAUCAAACAUGGCUGGAUGACGUUUAAAACUGAAACAUUAUUUAUUCUCAAAUUAGAUUGCAGCAUGUGUACUUGCAAAUUCUGUUAGCUGUACACCAGAUUUCAUUAUUAAAAUACAAUUAAACACGGGAUGUUACUUACGAGAGCUGGGUCCUCACCAGGACGAACUGCAUGGGGACCUAAAAGAGACCCCUUGUCUUUCAGAUUUAUCCUAUGUCCCUUGAAAUUAAAUCUUAAAUCCGUCCUUGCUUAUAAGACAAUUCGAUAUUAAAUGUUAAAAAGUGUAAUCAUUGUGGUAUGCUAAUGAAGCAAACAUGGAUAUUAUUAGAUUUUGAAUUUCAAUACAUUGCAAAAAUCAAUAUUAUAGUAAUGCUUCAGAAGUGUCAUAUGGUUUAUAAAUAAAAUGUAAUGGCAAGGCAUACCCCGAAUCUAUGUCACGUGAUGAUGACGAUGUUAUUUGCUGAACUAGCUCCAUUAUAUAUGUAAAUUAUCUUUGGUAAAUCUAUUGGGAUUUCUGUGACACAAGUAAACUUUAUUCUAUUCAAAACAAAGUAAAACAAACCUUGUAACGGCAGGAUGAAGUGACUUAUCGGUCAAUCCAAAUCGAUACAUUCCUACUUACCUAACAGAGAACUUCAGCCUGAAUGUACAUGCAUAUCUUGUGACUGUCCAUUACUAUACAUCAUGUUCUUUUAGAAUAUAACGAAUUUUCGCCCAUAAGAAAUAGACCUUUUGAUAAUGAGCAAAUAAUGUAAGAACUUUUUACAAAUAUUGACUAUCUUAUCAUUAUACAAUUUUGGUAAUUUUUACUGAAAACUCUGAAUACUUUUUUGAUAUAACUGCUUUUUAAACACGAUAUGGUAUGCAUAUUUUGUUUUUUCAAUUCUUUUAUGUCCGUCGGAUGGGACUAGAAAAGGAACCCUGGGACAAUGACCACCACCCGCUUGCCACGCAAAAGAUCGUUUCCCCGAUUUUCGAAAAAAGAGUGGUCUCACUGGGAGCCAACAGGAAACCUCCCAAAACCCAAUACCGAUCAAAUUUCAUUUAGUUAACCGACGUGAAAUGACGUUCACAUGAGUCAAAUUAUAUCACAAGGCAAUCGCAAAAUUAUAGGAUUCCCAAAUGUAGAUUACACAUUUAUAUUUCAUCCUUUCUCCCUUAGAUGAAUAAAAUUCAGUAUUCAUGGAAAUAAGACUACCAACUUCUCUCAAUUCUGUUAAAAAAAGGUUUACAUCCCUCCAGUAACACCCCUCCGUCUUAUUUUUCGCAUGGAGAACGCUACUGGAAUGUAAUGCAUACGAGGCUGAGACAUAAUUGUGUAUCAGAUAAAGACUUACUCACAUGUAACACCAUUGAUAGUCCUCUAUGUUCUUGUGGUAAAACAAAGGACGCAUACCACUUCUUUUUCUUUUACACUAAGUAUUAUACUCCCAGAAAUUCAAUGCUAUUUUUAGAAUUGAUAAUUUACACGUGAUGGACACUUGUAUAUUACUAUAGGGAGACGACUCCAUUAGUAUUACUGGCAAUGAAAAAAUAUUUCUUAAUAUACAAUUGUUUAUAAAACGAUCUGGUCGUUUAUGAGUUUCCUAUCGUAUUUGUAUAUACCAUAUCAACAAGCCUGUAAAAUCUACUGUCAGAAUUUUCAUUAGUGCUUCAUGUAAAAUAUGAUAAAAUUACCUAUGGUAUCAUUGUAGUUCGAUGUAGAAAAAUAUUUUGUGAUAUCACUUGUUACCGUACAUAGGUUUUAAGAACUUUUGUGUGAACAUCUUAAGUUAACAAUAAGAUAUGUUCAAAUCAAAUCAAUUGCUGAAAUAUUGCCAAAACGGUGCAAGACAAUAAACCAUAAACAAUCAAUCAAAUGAACUAAUACAAUCAAUUCAUUCAUACAUUGUCAUGUGCUUUUGCAGAUAUUGAUAUAAUCGUGUACCUUCCGCUAUUGUAUAUCCUUGAAAGAUGUUUGAGAUGAAAUGUUUCGGUGAGAUGAAACGUUUCCGGAAUGAAUAAUAGGGUUAUUUUUAGCUUGCUGAUAUACGAGUUACAGGUUCUUCUUUGUCAGGAAUGUCCAGGGAAUCCCAACAAAUAUAUAAAGAGGGGAAACAAGUAUUGUCAGAAAAUUUACAACUGCCCGCGAGGUCACCAGAUAAUUACCUGUGUCGAGAACUGUACAAAAGAAUUAUGCCAGUCUUGUCCUGACGGAUAUGUUCAACCUUUCCAAAUUCAAUCUGUUACUACACCAUCAAUAGAUAGGAAAUGUUUCAAACCCAAAGGAGACUGUCAAGAAGGCCAGAUACCUGUCCGGAAUGGUAAUGCCACAAUUGGAUGCCCGAAAGCAGCUAUCUGUCAAUGUGACCCGUACAAGUGUUGGUAUGGUUCCAAUCCAUGCAUCUGCAACCGAUUUGACGACAAAUGCCCCAAAGAUGAAUAUCUAUUUUUGGAUGGAAGUUCUCCAAGUUGCAAGAAGUGUCCAGAAGGUAGUAGAAAAAACAACACCGGAUGUGGACCUUGCGAAAUAAUUUACCCAUACGCUCCUCCCAACCCAUCACCCGUGGAACCCAUAACUACUUUCGAUAUUUCUACUGGAAUCUCUGAAAUAUCCACUUUCAAGACCACCACUCCAGCAGGUCCUGUUAUGGAAGCAAAUGUAUUAAUAUUGUCAAUAUCCAGCGCAGGAGUUCUGGUCUUUAUUAUUAUCAUCAUAGUGGUGAUGGUUAUAUGUAAAAAGUACAUAAGUAAACAGAGGACAGACAGACAUAUAAGGCGAGCCAACAGUGAUGAAGAACAGGCAGGAGAAUUUUCAGGUGAAGUUGUCGCAGAAAAUAGGACCCCGCUUGCAAGACCGCUUAUUAUGCCUGAAAGUACAGAAGACGUCUUAUCUAGGCAGACACCUAAAUCACCAGUGGUGUCUGAAACCGAGCAGCCCGGGAUAUUUCAUCCAAACGAUCCGAAGGCAUUACGACAAGGAAAUUUCAGUGGUCCGGGCCUAUCUUUAGAUGACGAUUCAUACAUGUCUACAUAUAAUGAUUCAUCAGAGACAGCAACUAAUAUUUUGGACCAACCUUGCAACACAGAAGCACCGUUUCUGGACACGAUGAGAAAAACUGAAGGUAUCCAUACUGAUUAUUUGAUAAACAAGUUAGAUGACGAGAACUGUGAACUGAAACAGCCUAUCCAAUGUGAAGAAGACUCACUGCGAUCGGAGACUUUUCAGAAGUAUACACACAGUGACAUUACACAACAGAAGGAAUUAUUUGAGGGAGUUUUUCAGAGCUUAACAGAUGAAAAAGUUCUUUGUGUGAGCCAAGUCUCGGACACUACUGACCCGAAACAUUAUGUAGAUUCUUUAAACUGAGAAAACCUAUACGCAGCAAAGCUUUUCGCCAAGAACAAUAUUUGCUUCAGAAAGUGUAAGAGACUGUAUAAAGUUCGUUUCCUAGUCUGUAUGCCUAGACUUUUCGGGAAAAUAUUUUUCAAACCAUGCAUUACAUAUAGUUUUUGUAUAUGAUGUAAUUUUAUUACAAAUGUAUAUUUUCAGUUGAUGCAAAGUAAAACUAUGAAUAUAUUGGU